CUGCAUUGCCACCGAAAUCUCGUCCACGCAAUCGCGUAAUCUCCUUAACACAAAACAUACAAACCCAACAUUACUGAUCCCCUUUCACUCUCCCUCCACCACUUCCAUAUCUCUUCUCUUCAUCCUUCCCUCACAUUCCCACACUCGCAAUCACCACUAUGGCAGCUGCAGUGACUUCCGCUGCAGUCUCUUUUCCCUCUUCCAAGUCAUCCCCAUUCUCUUCCAGAACCUCCAUAGUCUUCACCCACGAAAGAAUCACCUUCAAGAAGGCAUCUUAUGUGCCUAAUGGAAGCAGAAGCAGGGGACUGGUUUCAGUGAGAGCCCAAGUCACGACCGAAGCUCCUGCUAAGGUCAAGAAGGAGUCCAAGAAACAAGAAGAAGGUGUGACCGUGAACAAGUUCAAACCCAAGGAGCCUUACAUUGGGAGAUGCCUUCUCAACACCAAGAUCACUGGCGAUGAUGCCCCUGGAGAGACCUGGCACAUGGUUUUCAGCACUGAAGGGGAGGUGCCAUACAGAGAAGGGCAGUCGAUUGGAGUUAUUCCAGAGGGCAUUGACAAGAAUGGGAAGCCACACAAGCUUAGAUUGUAUUCAAUUGCCAGCAGUGCUAUCGGUGAUUUCGGCGACUCCAAAACUGUGUCCCUUUGUGUAAAGAGGCUUGUUUACGUUAAUGACCAAGGAGAGACUGUUAAGGGAGUCUGCUCAAAUUUCUUGUGUGAUCUGAAGCCCGGCUCAGAGGUUACAAUCACAGGACCAGUUGGUAAGGAAAUGCUUAUGCCAAAAGACCCUAAUGCUACAAUUAUCAUGCUCGGGACUGGGACCGGCAUUGCACCCUUCAGAUCGUUCUUGUGGAAAAUGUUCUUUGAGAAGCAUGAGGACUACAAGUUCAAUGGUCUCGCUUGGCUUUUCCUUGGAGUUCCCACUAGCAGCUCAUUGCUCUACAAGGAGGAGUUUGAGAAGAUGAAGGAGAAGGCACCUGAAAACUUCAGGCUGGACUUUGCAGUCAGCAGAGAGCAAACCAAUGAGAAGGGCGAAAAGAUGUACAUCCAAACGCGCAUGGCUCAAUACGCGGAAGAGCUGUGGGAGCUACUGAAGAAAGAUAACACAUUCGUGUACAUGUGUGGACUGAAGGGAAUGGAGAAGGGCAUUGAUGACAUUAUGGUCGGCUUGGCUGCUAAGGAUGGAAUUGAUUGGUUUGAUUACAAGAAGCAGCUGAAGAAGGCUGAGCAGUGGAAUGUGGAAGUUUACUAGGAAGUGUUUUUGGUUUGUACACAAACGUAAAAAGGAUGUUCCUUUCUUUUUGGCGAUAUGUAUAUUUGCAAUCCUAAAGAAUUUUUCCUGUAAUGAAGUGCAUUCCGCUGCAUUAGUGUAGAUAGGGUAUAAUCUGAGAAGAAUCAGAGUUUUGAGGGAAAUGCUCGUUAGAGCUUUCCAUUGACGAUGAAUCAGCUUAUAUACAAGCUACUAAUUAUACUUAACGGUAACUACAACUAACAAAUGAAAAUAACCAAUGAAUGCUAUACACGCGU